AGCAGAAAGUAGUCACUUCUUCUUUACCAGCGAGCAGACGCCAAAUACAAACAGUGAUAGUUUUCGCAUAUUUCUUUGCGAAACUUUGUUUUCUUUCUUACAGUUUUGUUGGUGAAUUUGAAGGUUAAGAAAUGAACGUAUUUAUCUCAACGGUGCUCUUUCUAACGCUUGGCGUUUCCUGUAUCUCGAGUGUGGUACUGGAGGGCUUCUUUGAAAUAGAGGACGGAGGCGAUGACAUGAUAUCACGACUGGACACGAAAGCUAUUUUAAACAACUUGGAACAUGAAACUUUCGAGGAAGUCUCCAACGUAAGACGCAGAACAUACAAUGCGAAAAAGUGCUGCAAAAUCGGAAAGAAGGUCGCUGAAGAAUCAUUGUUCUGUAACAUCGAUAUGAUGCAGGUUGAAAAGAAAAACAAUGGAGCCCACCGCAGAAAGAUGAAGUUUCACGGACCGUUGGCUCAAACUGAAAACGCCCAGAAUGACCUAAUGGAGAAGGUCGAAAAAUGUUAUCCAUCAAAAGCAUCGCGAAGUAUGUUCACAAAAUGUUGUCAGUGGCAGCAAAGCUUGAUAGACGAGCUGGAAUCGUGUAAAGAUUUGGAGUCCAAAGAAGCUAAGCGUGACUGCAGACGAGAUGUCAAGUCGCGCGAACGCCGUAGGAAGAAAUAGACUCUAAACUAAUUACCAUUGCCAUGAACACUAAAAACGUUUACAAAUACCUUCCUUGAUGACGCAACGCGUUAAUGAAUGUGACGUGUAACACAUAACUUUCUAAUUGUCUAUAAGUAUUUCGUAUAAACUGUAAUAUCGUUAGCGUUUCAGAAUGUCUAUGGAACGUUUAGUCAUUUGUUUACACGGUGUUUCCAAAAUAAUAUUAUAUGUAAAUAUUCAAAUAUAGUUUAUUAUGUUAGGCAUUUUCAAAAACAUCGGAAACACCGAAUGUCAGUGGCAGUAAUUUUUUGAUCAAUGGUCGCUGCCUUUUGUUAACUAGGUUGGGAGUAAAUAUGACGGGUAAAACAUAAUGGGGUUAUGCAUAAUACGAUUUCAGUUCGUUUGUACAUUCCGUUGCAUUUUUUAAUAAUAUAUGUUAUAUAAAUUGAUACCGCAUCUUGUUAUUUAUUGUUGUUGUUGCUGGUAUUAGAGCGUGUGUGUGUUGUUGAGUGGCAGACCUAUAACAUAAUGGUGUUAUGCAUAAUACGAUUUCAGUUCGUUUGUACAUUCCGUUGCAUUUUUUAAUAAUAUAUGUUAUAUAAAUUGA